GGCGGCGGCCAUGGCUGACGAGGAGGAGGACGUGCCGUUCGAAGAAGACGCGGAGGAGGCCGGCGGGGGCCUGGACGGCGGGCAGGGCAAGAGGAAGAGGCUCUUCUCCAAAGAACUAAGAUGCAUGAUGUAUGGAUUCGGGGACGACCAGAACCCUUACACAGAAUCGGUGGACAUUCUUGAGGACCUGGUAAUAGAGUUUAUCACAGAAAUGACACACAAGGCCAUGUCGAUCGGGCGGCAGGGUCGCGUACAGGUGGAGGACAUUGUCUUUCUGAUCCGCAAGGACCCCCGGAAGUUUGCCAGAGUUAAAGACCUCCUGACUAUGAAUGAAGAACUGAAACGAGCCCGAAAGGCCUUUGAUGAAGCAAACUAUGGAUCUUGAUUCUGCGUGCAGGCUGCACUUGGGCAUUACUUGGGCACCUGCUGCCCAAAAGGAAGAAACGUCACGUGUGUUGUUUGGAGGUGUUAUUCAGGAUGGAGGUCACUGCUGGAAUGUCUAACCUCACUCCCAGCCUUUUCUGAAAAGUAUUCAAGCAGCUGAAUGUUACCUGAUUGUACAUGGUAUACUUACAUAUUUUUAUACCAUUUUAUGAAAUAAGAGCUCUAAAGAUUCUUGUAAUGGCAGGAAGUCUGUCUGAAGUAGGACUAUGUUGAAUUGAACAUCUAGAGGGCUAACGAUGGGUGAUUCUCUACAACUUUUUAACUUAUUACUAGGUAUUCCCAUGACAGGAAACCUAGAAGAGGUUUAAAUCUUAGUUAUCUGGGGAAAGCCUUCAAGGCCAAACUACUAGAAAAGUUCUGCUCUUUGCUCUGUAUACUCUUUUAGAAUAAAACAUGUUAAGUUUGUGCCCAUUCCUCAUAACUAAACUUACAUUGACCAAUUCACACAAGGUGCCAUAACACAGGUUUUUUUAGCACUUAAUUGUUUUUCUGUCCUAGUGGGUAAAGCUCUUGUUUUCUACCAAUAUUAAGCCUAGGAAAUUGGAAGUUAACCUAUUCCAGAUUUACUUGCACUUACAGACUUUCCCUACCACUGCUCUACAAUAAAGCAGAUUCCUGAUCUUCA